UCUGACGGUCCAUGGAGCAGCUGGACAUAGCGUGUGAUGACGCGAUGAUGCAGAUCCAGUUGUGCUAUUUCGGCACUUGCGAAACUCUGGGUGCACUGCAAGUGCAGCAGCAGAUGGCCUGGAAAUCAAACGACCCACGGAGAGGGUGGCGCUAGUGCUUGGAGUGGCCACCAGCAGCCACAGUUGGUGGCAACCUUUUUGGCGAGCGCUGGACGUUGCAAGGGGAGCACCUGACCACGGGCCGAGCUAUGCAGCGCUGGCAGAGCAGGGCGUAGCGCCGGGUGCUUUUUCGUCAGAGAGAGAUGCGAAGGACAUGCUGAAGGCUUGCGACGUCCUCAGCUUGACUACAGAGGUUGUUGCACCCGAGGACUGCAGUGCCUGGUGCGCUAGAGCCAAUGAUGCCCUGCCAGAGGACAUCCGGAUCUUUGGUCGCUACGGGCCGUUGCCCGCAGAUUUCCAUGCAGAAAGGUGCUGCAUGCGAAGAUACUUCACUUGCCUUCUGCCAACAAAGCUCCUUGUGGUAGACAACCCUAAUGAGGUAGGGCAAGGGGCGCUGGCAACAAGUCUCACCGAGGAGCCACCGCCUGUGGAAGAGCAGCGGAAGAUGAAGUGCAAGUUUUCUCCGCCAACAGCAAGAAGGAAGCAUGCGAAAAAACAGCACCAAGCUGGCUGGGGAGAAGGCAAUACUGGAGAAGAGCGUCUCGGGCAGUUCUUUCGACUCAAGGAAAUCCUCAGAGAGUUUCAAGGUGAGCAUCUCUUUCACAACUUCUCGCAGGAGGCCCUGAAGCCGACGGACACUUUAGCCCGGCGCUUCGUGUACCGCUGCCGCGCUGUGCCUGGCGAUGCCGUGGGCCUCACAGUUGCCGUGGAUAGCCUGGCACCAGGGCAGCUCCGGGCCAUGGCAGGUCUGGCAAUUGCCCUGCAACGGCAGCUGCUACCGGACAGCUAUUUGGAAGCUGCCUUUAGCGAGGAGCAGCUGCUUAAAGUCCCUUUGGUGCCCGAAGGCACUGAAUACCAGGCGCAAUGUGUUUUUAGAAAGGAUUUUCAUCACCUCCUCCAGCCACUUUUCGAGGGUGAAGAAGCACAAAACUUCCAGAAGAAGGUGGAAGAAAAGAUAGCACAGGAAUUCCUGGACAAAGUCUUCCAGACCUGGUUUGAAGAGCAACUGGUGCCUUUGACACAGAAGCUUUCCGUGGAAUUCAACAACAAGAAACCAGCUGACACAAGUGCAGAGGUUCCGGAUGUGAAGCAAGAGGUCCCGAAGGCGUAUGCCGAAGUGCUUCGGCUCCUUCGAGAAGCAGAGCGAAGUGGCACGUGGCCUGCUUGUUCGAAGGGCAGAGAGAAAGUCAUCAAAGCUUCAGAAGGGGAGCACGGGUCCUUCACUGUUGGCUCCAUGCCCCCCUUCCAUGGAGGCUCCUAACGGCAACCGACUCUUCCCGGAACUGGCAAUGCGUUGCUUUGAAUUGGAGCGCAUUUUGAAGCCGGGAAGAUGUAGCAGCACGAUCGCCAUCAACAAGCGAGCUCAAUUCCUCCCCCAUAUCGACUCGGGAGCUGGUGCAGGUCAAGGCAUUUCCUUGAUAGUUGGGCUGGGCGACUACUCUGGUGGUGAGCUCUGUGUGGAAAACGAUAGCCACGACAUCAGGUACAAACCACUGGAGUUCAAUGGCUGGACCCAGAGGCAUUGGACAAAGCCCUUCCAAGGAGAUCGCUUUAGCUUGGUCUGGUUCACACCCGCUGGUUGCGAGAAUUGCCCGGGCUUGGAAAUGUUCCAGAAAAUUCUGCAGGCGGGAAGCAGCCGGUUGUCAUCGAGCCUCCGAUUGGCCAACGGACUUGAGCUCCCCCGCUUGGGCAUGGGCACAUGGCAGCUCGAUGACAAGGAUGGUUCCUCAACCUGUGAGACUGCUGUGACAGCUGCCUUGAAAGCAGGAUGUCAGCUGUUUGACACGGCCUCUAUUUACAAGAACGAAGCUGCUGUGGGGCGUGCCCUCGAGGGCAAGAAUGAAGGUGUGUUUGUGACAUCGAAAUGCUCGCCCUACGAGAUGGGCUUUGACAAGGCCCAGGAGGCGUGCAGAAAAUCGUUGGAACGCCUUGGUCGAAACAAGCUGGACUUGUAUCUGAUUCAUUGGCCAGGCGUGCCGAAGAAGCCUCAUACCUCACCUUUGCACCGGCGUGCGCGCCAUGAGACCUGGAAAGCUAUGGAGGAACUCUAUAGGCAACAUCUGGUCCGUGCCAUUGGCGUCAGCAACUUCACGGCCAGCCAUUUGCAGCAGCUUAUUGAGGAUGGGAUCGAAGUGCUUCCCAUGGUCAAUCAGAUUGAGCUACAUCCUCUAUACCAGCCAGCUGAGACCAUCGAAUUCUGUCGCAAGCAUGGCAUCAUUAUCGAGGCCUAUUCGCCGCUGGGUGGAGGCAGCGCCAGCAACAGGGCCAGAGCGUCAGAUGGUGAAAUCGAUGGUACCAGGUUGCUGCUGACUCACCCAACAGUGCAGGCGAUUGCAAAAGAGACUGGGAAGACAUCUGCACAGGUGCUGUUGCGUUGGGCCCUUCAGCAGGACUUUAUGGUCAUUCCUCGAAGCAGCAAGCCAGACCGGAUCCAUGAGAACUUCGACCUUUUUGACUUCCAGCUUAGUCAAGAGCAGAUGCACACCAUUUCAGAGAUGGGCAAAGCUGAGGGACAGAAGUUCUGCUGGGACCCCAAAGGCGUGUCCUAGAAGAGGUGCUUUGUGGUGAACCAGGGGCAUCUUCUUGCAGG